AUGAUAAUCAGAGUUGAUAAAUGUAGCACCUUCGGCAUCAGGAAAGUUUUGACAAAAUCCGUUCAGUACUUACCGAAACUGCUAAUUAACAAUGGUCUUAUACCUACUAUUCAAAUGGGAGAAUCUUUUAAAUAUCUAGGAAGAUUCUUUGAUUUUGAUAUGUCUGACCAAGAACACAAAUCUGAACUAAUGUCCCUCAUUGAUGAACUAAUGUCUGAUAUCGACCAUAAACCUCUACACCCAAAAAACAAACUUAUUCUAUAUAACCGCUACGUUCUAUCCAAAAUAUCCUGGCAUCUCACUGUUGCAACCCUAUCGAUAACCUGGGUAACGGAAACAAUCGAUUCUGUGAUUAAUCAAUACAUCAGAAAGUGGCUUGAAAUACCCAUUUCUGGAACAUUAAGUAAUGGACCGGACUUACUCCUAAUUACCCCAAAUGAAGAUCUUUAUGUCCUUGAACUUACUGUCGGGUUUGAAUCUAAUCUACAUAAUAACGUUAAACGCAAAAAAGCAAAAUACAAAGAUCUAAUUGAAGAUCAAAGGGGUCACUUUAAUUCUGUUAAAUUUGUAAACCUAUCAAUGAGCUCUCUCGGUGUGUUUGACAAAGAAUGCUUCACCUUUUUAGAAAUGUUAGACACUAUAGGAAUGGAUAAAAAGCAGCAACAUUACUGCAUAAAAAAGAUGACGUCUUAUGCCAUUAGAGCGACGCACUAUAUUUUUUGCUGUCGAAACAAAGAGUGGACAAACCCUGAAUUGUUAAACAUUUAA